UUUAUGGGUGGAUUUAAAGGAUUAAAGAAUUGCUCAUUUUGUGAAUACAAAAAUAAGUUGACUUCACAGGUUCGAAGACACGAAAGACAGGCACAUGGUGAUAAAGCAUUAGAAUGUACAAUUAAUGGUUGUGGUGCUAGAUUACCUUACAAUCGUCUAGCUAGGCAUGUUCGCGAAAAGCAUUGUUUAAAUAAUGAAAUGGAGAACCCAAAUUCUUCAACAAAACAAACAGAAGAAAUUGAAAAAGAGAAAAUCAACGACCAAAAUAACGAAGAAUUAAUAAAAACCGAAGAGGAAGGGGAGCAAUUCACUGAUAUUUCUUUAUUUGUAAAUAAAAAAGCUGCUUCAGGAGAAUUUACAUGCCCUCAAUGUGACAAAAAAUUUAAAACUGGGCGUUAUUUAAGAAAACAUUUUAAUCAAAUUCAUGGAGAUAUUAAAUACAAAAAAAGUAUUAAAGAGAAGAAAUAUUUGUGUAAUUGGCCUUUAUGUGAUAAAUCUUUUAUUUCUGCAAGUAAAUUAGAAGGACAUUUAAAUUCACACAAAGGCGAAAAACCUUAUGGAUGUGAACAUUGUGGAAAGAAUUUUUCUGUUAAAUAUGAAUUAAACAGGCAUUUACAAAAAUAUCAUUUGUUAAAACUUAGUCAAUUUACUGAAAAGAUUGAAGAAUUGUUGGACAAUAAUUGA